AUGAAUCUGCAAUCAACCGAUUUCUCGAAAAAAUAUUGUGAUAGAGUUAAUCAUACAGUACGCAAAGACAACAAAAAAGAAUUGAAAAAGACAGAAUUAAAAAAUAAUGUUGUCGAUGUUAAUUUUGAAAAAGCCGAUAUUGAUUUGAGAAAAAAUAAAAAAUCUCAUAAUCUAAUUGAUGUAAAACCAUCGAGCUCCAAAGAGCUGAGAAAGCCAUACGUGUUUAAAAAGCGGAUUGUUGGUCGAUCGAAAAACUAUAAUUUAAUUUCUUACAAUAAUCGUUUUAACCAUUUACCGGAAAACCAUAAUUGUAUAGAAUUGUGUAGUAAGCAAGACCAUAAAAAAAAUUAUCAAAAUAAUUGUCAAUUAAAUAAUGAAAAGUCAAAUGAUCAACAUGAUAAAUCAGUUAGAGUAGUCACACCUUUAAAUGAUAAUGACAAUGCAGACCAACGUUCAAAUUCGAUUUUUUUUACAACUCAAAAUAAAAAACAAUUGCAUGACAGAAGUGUGAAGGGUCAUGAUAUUAAAACAAUGAUUAUCAAUAGAGGAACCAAAUACACAACAGGUCAACAUCUUCAGUAUACAGACGAUUCUAUACAAAACUACAACAAUUUCAAUGAUUACCAUGAUAAACAUAAUUGGGGUUUUUAUAGUCAUAAUGGUCAAAAUACCUACAGUAUAAAUAAUGGAUUCUUAAAUAAAGCAGAAAAUCCGAGAAGAAAUAAAUAUAUCAGGAACAGUAAACCAAUAAUAGAAUCGUUUCAUAAGGCCGAAUACGAUAAAAGUUUGGUUUAUAUAGGUUCUACGUUUACGGACCAGGAUAUUACUAAAAAUCAAAAAUUAAAUUUGGAUGUUAUGGAUAUUAAUUUAAAUCCACUAUCCAAUUCAACAUUUAUUAGCACGAUAAAUCUGCAAAAGUUACAAGAAAAUAAACAUGAUAAUAAUAAGAUAUCAACUUCUAAAUCUAAGAUGUUCGUGCAAACUUAUAACAUUCAAAACUACACGAAAACGAUAAAUAAUAGUUCUGCAGGUUUAUCGUACGAUCAAAACAAACAAGAAGAUAAAAUCGACCCAAAAAAAUAUUAUUUAAAAUGUGAGAAAACUAAAGAUAAUUAUGCAGAGGAAAACGUAAAUUGGACAAAAAAAAUCAAUUUAUAUAAAAAUAAAGAAAGUAUAAAAUAUUAUAAUAAUGAAAGCAAUGAAAAUAAUUACAAUGAUAUAAAAUCUAUUGGUAUCAAUAAUUUAGAAAUGUUCACUGCAUAUUUUGAUAGAAUUUGGGAAACCGUUAUGCAAGAAAUUUCAGGAUGCUGA